UAGUAUAACUGUUAGCAUAGCUGAGAUAAACAAUAAAUUGGCAGCCAGCCAGCCGUAGGGCGGCCAGGAAAAGCGCUUGCGACGUGCUCUCUGGCUGGCGCGUCGCGCAACGGACAGCAAACAGGUGGAAUCGUCAACAAAGGCAGCCAGCUGCCAGCGCUGCCUCAGCCAAGAGCAAUGUCAAAGCAGCUGCACCAGCAGCUGCAGCAACAGGAACAACUGAAUACAGACUCCACGUCCGACUACGAGGAGCAGCAGGAGCUGGACCAGCAGGCGGAGCAGGAUGAGUAUGACCCGCUGUCCAAUCUGCUGCGCCUGCAGCUGCGCAAGCCCAGCCACUGGAACUGGGAGCUGAGCACCUCGCGCAGCUGCAGCAACAUAGCACUGCCCCGCAUACUGCUCUACGAUCACACGGGCGCCCUGCUGGUGAACGCGGAUGGGCACAGCGAGCAGACGUACCGGCCCAGCAGCGCGCAGGACUGCAGGCGCAAGCGGGCCUCGAGCAGCCUCAGCAGGAGCCUGCAGCAGGCGCGACUCGCCGGCAGGCUGAAUGGCCUCAGCAUUGGCGAGGCGACGCCGAGCGAGACGCACUCGACCCUCCGCUCGCCCACGAGGCAGCAGCUGACCGGCAGCUGCAUUGAGUUCAGCACCCACGAGCUGCCCGACUGGCAGCCGCUUGAGGUGGGCAGCUCGCGACGCUCGAGCUCGCUGCGCGGCGUGCGGCUGGCGGUGGAGGAGGAGCGGCAGGCCCAGCCGCAGCGCACACAGGAAUCGGCGUACCCCACGCCGCCGUCCACCUCGACGCUAACCACUACGGCGAACUCCUCCUCGUCCGGUCCGCGGGAGAAGCGUCGCUACCGACGCUCGCAUAGCUCCGGCCAGCACUCGAUACUGGAGCGGUUCAGCAUGACGCGCGGGCGGCACUCAUCGCCCGAGUAUGUCCAGGAGCAGGAGCUGGAGCACAGGCCGCGCUAUUACCUCUGCAGCAGCAAGGCGGGCACCCUCGUCAUCCAGGAGGACAGCUUCAGUCGCGUGCGGCAGCGCCGCCGCCGGCAACGGCACUCCUCCGCCGAGAACGUGCUGUCACCUCAGGGCAAGAGCCCCGCGGAUAGCGACGUGCAGGUCACGGCGCACAAGCGUCAACAGUCGCAGCUGCGCUGCCGGCAGGCGCCACCAGUAUCAUCCGACGAGGACGCCGACGCCGACGCCCACAAGCCAUUGGCGAGGCACUCGCGUGGCAGGCGUGGCAAGCGCGCUUGCGGCAAGGAUUCGCCGGCGCCAGAGCUCAUCACGGUCGAUCCAGGCAACUGCAUCUAUAGAGCGGAGCCCUGCGCGACGCAGCGCUGACUCGCGGACGGGAUAUACAGACACUUAUGCUCACGUGAGCGUCGAGACAACUUACUGUUACUUAUAUAUAUACAUAUAUAUGCGCCACCUCCUGCUUUGUUUUGGUCUUGAAAGCCAACUCUAUGUAAAUUAAUGCAAAUAAAAAGAAUAGCACACACAGUGAAUGGCAAAGCUGCGUAUGAUCCACGGGCAUAUCGAAAUACCAUUACGUAUACGCCAUGUGCACGUUUAGCGAUCUGAAUGAACAAAGCAACUAUCGAGGCAGUUGGAUAUGGAUGGACAUGGCCUGGCCUAAUGCUAUAUAAACAGUUUAACUAUCAAGACUUAGGCUUAC